UCCCCAUGAUGCAUUAGCUCUCUUCCGUGCUCCGCUUUUUUUAUGACGGUCCUCUUGUUGUAUUACUGUUUAUUUAUGUUAUUCUGCUGUUUCAUCUUUCUUUUCGAUUUGUCAUUCUGUCACCUGGGUAGUACUUAUAUUAUGAGUAUAUUUCAUGUCUGUCAAAAAUUGAUCAGUUUCUUCUUGAAUUCAAGACGUAAAUAUGCAAUUUACGACAACGAAAGAUGUAACCUGCAGUAUGCGGACUGCGAGACUAUUAAAAUUAAUAGCUUUGUUGCAGUGGAUACAGCUACGUGAUUGCACCUUCGAUGAACAGCGAGCAAUGCACAACUUAGGCGACAUAAUCAUGUCUCUCCCUUUAUUUUUGGUUACAAUGGGCUUUUGAGAAACCCUGAGAUCAUGUGUUGCAAUAACACCAUAACCUGGUGGAAUAUCUUUGAAGUUUAUUCAAUGGAACAUGCACUCAAUCAUGAAAUCACAGUGUUAACUAGAACAGAAUAGUCUACCCUCAGUGAUUUCCUGCGUUACUCACUAAUGUAUUUUAUGUACGUUCCUAUUGAAAUAUGUUUGACUAGUGUUAUGAAAGCUUAAUAGUAAAUAGCGAUACUUAACAUUUGAACAAUUGCCAUGAGUAUACUGUAGGGUUCAUAAAGUUAAGUCAUUUACCUCUGUAUUGUUGGUAGUCUGAGUCAAGCAAGCCUACAUUUUUGCUAGGUUAUUAAACGUAUAGCCAUAAAAAGACGUUACUGCGA